AUGGAAGCUAGUAAUGAGGAUGAGAUAAUUGGUGUAAAUAGUGUGGAGAAUGAGGAGAGUGCCGAUAUAAAUCAAGAGGUUGGUUUUUUUACCGAAUUAAUUUUUUUUAGUUUAAAAAACAGCAAAUAUUUUUGAAUUCCAGCAAAAACCGGAAGAUUCGGCUGACAAUUUGAAUUCAAGUUCAGCAUCAGCUUCUCAUGAUCGAGUUUCAUCAGCUCCGCGAAGAAUCGAAUUGUUGGAUUGUAAUUCGCUAAAUGCUCUCAUGUAUCAUUAUUUUAGUCAAGAAGAAUAUGCGGAAUGUAAAUCUUUGAUUGGGGUAGGUUUUGGCUAGAAUUUUUUUUUAAAUUCUAGAUCAAAAAUUAAUUUUUUUUAAUCUAAUUGUAAAUCUAAAUUUGUUUUGAGGUCGAAGUCUAAAUGUUAUGUUAUCUAAAAAAUUAUCUGGCUGGAAAAUAAGCUCAAAAUCCAGCCCAAAACAUUUCCUUUCCCAAUUUCCAGGAAGUUCUCUCAAAAUAUGCUGGUCGCAACGAAUUUGCUCUAAAUCUUCGCGGAUGUAUUGCGAGAAUCGAAGGAGAACUCGAUGAAGCUCUUGAUUGGUUCACACAAGCAUAUGAACAAUCUGGAAAAAAUCAUCGAUAUUUUUAUGAGUUGGGAAGAGUCAACUUUUUGUUGGGAAGACAUUCGAUUGCUGUUGAACAAUUGGAAAAAGCAGCAAAGGCUAUGAAACAUAAUUCGGUGAGGAAAUCAAAGAGGAUUUGGGAUACUGUAGAAGUGUUGGCAGGAAUUUUGAAUUUUUUAAAAAUUCACUCUUUCAAAAUUUCUUUGAAAAUUUUGGUAUUUGUUUUGGAAAUUGUUGGAUUCAUUCUCUUCACUUUAAAGAAAAAACUGAUGACGUGGUAAAAUUCUACGAAUUUUUAGAACUCUGAAAUAAAAGUAAACUAAAAUUUUUUCAACAAAAAAAUUCACUGUUUCAGAACUGUUUGAUAAUAUUUUAAUGUUUAUUUUAAAUUAAUGACAAUAAUAAAAAGCAAGAAAAAGCAAGGCAAAAUUCCAAGAAAUUUCAUAAUUCUGAAAUGUUGGGUUACUGUAUUUUUAGAAUGUAAAGCUGUAGCUACAGAGUCCCUAAAAAUUCAAUUUUUCACAAAAAAACUUGCUUCAAUUCAUAAUUUGAUUACAGUACCCUACUAAAAUUCAACCACAAAAACAUCGCCAAAUAUCAACUAAUAAUUUUCAGAAAGUGAUCUACUGGUUAGCUCGCGCAAUUUAUCAUUUGCCACCAACAAAAAUCAAGGACAAAACCAUAAAUCCAGUACAAAUGGCGGCUGAAGUUCUCAAAACAUCUCCCGCACUUUCUUCCGAUGUUCAACUUGUUGGAUUUUUGGGAAAAUUAUUGGAAGAAUUGAAUGAUUUUGGAGGAGCUGUUGCUGCUUAUAAAAAAGGAAUCGAAUUACAACCAGAUAAUACUGAAAUGAUGAUAAGACUUGGAUUAUUGUAUUUGAGAAAUUCGAAUGUUGAUGAUGGUUUUACAAUGUUGGGACAGUGUCUGGGUGAGAAAUAUUCUUGGGAAAACUAGGGAAAGUUAAUUUUUUGAAAGAUGAAAUUUCUGUUUGAACAAUGAGACUUUUGGAGUACGAAUUUUCAUCCUAAAAUUUGGUUAUAAGUUCAAAAAUUUGGUUUUUUUAUUUUUCUGAAUUGUUUGACAUUGCAAAAUCGUAUUUCUCGAUGAAAUUUUUUGUAUAAGAAAUAUUAAAACAGUAGAUGUUUUCUUUAAAAACAUGUUAGAAUUGUGCAAAAUUUUAGAGAUUUUCGAAGAACAUUGAAGUUUUCGAGCGAAAUUUCUGAUGAAAAUUUUUUGAAACAGUAAUUUUUUGAGAAAAUGGAUUUUUCGGCCAGUUUUGUUUCAGUUUAGGAAAACGAAAUUGAGAUGGAAUUAGUUUUCAAACAAUUCUUCUCAAGAUAAAAAUUCGUUGAAACAGUGAAUUUUAUUUUAAACAUAAAAAUUCAAAAAACAAUAUUAUUAGGAAAAUCGUGAUUUUUUUUAGAUAAAAAAUUUCAGAAAAAAUAUUUUUUAACUAACUCUGAAACUGCAAUUUCAAAUUUUCAGCUUACGAUCCAACAAACACCGAUGCAAUUCUUGCAAUCGGUUCAAUAAUGCAAAAACACGGUGAUCAUGACGUGGCAUUGAAUAAAUACCGUGUUGCUUCGGAUGUUUGUGAUUAUAAUGGACAUUUAUGGAAUAAUAUUGGAGUUGGAUUGAUGGCUCGCGAAAAAAUGGCAGCUGCACAUUCGGCACUCAAAAAAGCUGCAUUUAUCAAUCCGCUCAAUUAUAAGUGGGUUUUUUUCAGAAAUUUCGAGAUUGAUUUUUAUUGGUUUAAAGAAAGUAAAACAAAUUUUGUUAAAUAAGAGUUUUAAAAUGUUUUCAAAAUGAUUUGGAAAUUCUGAACUAUCUCAAAAGUCACUGAAAAUUUUUAAAAUGAUUUUUUUUGGAAAAAAAAUACAAGAUGGACUAGAAACCCGAAUCACAAUUUUCAGUGGCCUAGAAACCAAAAAAUACCAUUUUGUGGCCUAGAAAUGCAAUAUUUUUCCAGAAUCAGCUACAACCUCGCAGUUCUCCACGACAAAAUGCAACUCUACGCUUCCGCCCUUCACUACAUGAAACAAACCGUAGAUUUAGCGCCAAAAAACGCGAAAGCAAUCGGUGCACUUGCCGUAAUUCUUUCCAAACUGAAAGAUGCGAAAAACGCGCGACGCUCAUAUCAAAAGUCGCUGGAGACCAAGAAAACGCGAGCGGUUUUGAUGAAUUUUGCGAUUUUUGAAUAUCAUCAAGGAAGAAUGCAAGAUGCUUGGGGAUAUUUGCAGGAGUUUAAAAGUUUGAAAGCGGAUCGCGAUGAAGAUGGAGGAAAUAUGAAUUCGACCGCGGAGAUUUUGGAAAAAGUGCUGGCUUCGAGUUUGGACAAGUCUUAG